ACCAAGGAACCCUAAAUCAAGUUGAGCACCGAACUUUCUAUCGCAUCCAAAGAAGAAAAAUGGUGAGAACCAAGAUUGCCCUCCAUAGACAGCGCACCAAAAAUUCAUGUCUCAAGAAGGAGCUGUGGGCAAAGCAUAGCUGGCCUCGUCUGCUAGCCAUGGAGAAGGCGAAACAUUCUGAAGAAAAUCAAAAAUCAAAGACAAGCGGUGACGGAGAAGAAAUUUCCCCAAAUCAUGCUCUGGGAAAUUCAAAGGAACAGUGCACAGAUGAAAGAUCUGAAGGUACUGAAGGAAGGAAAUAUGUUGAAGAUGAUGUUCUGCUACACCCCUUGGCUGAAAUUCCAGAUACUCUUUAUUUGGAGCAUACGCCUGCACAACCAAACAACGACAUGCAAAGGAAAGAAGAGGAAGAUCUGAAGCAAGGGAAGAAAAUUCCAGAUCUAGUUGAAGAGGAACCUCUCAUUGCUUGUUCAGACGUUCCUUUUGAAGACUCACAAAUCACAACUCCGGUCUCCAAGAAGAAAAGGGUAAAGAUUUCUGGGUCCAGAUGGUCCCUUCGUCAAAAGGCAAAGGAAGAUCAAGAGGCAGAAAGUGUUGAAGAAAUCCAGUCAUGCAAAGUUCCAAAGGAGAUAAAGACAAAAGAGAAAGCAAAAGAUGAACAAGAAGAAUGUACAAAAAGGCAGAAGAGGUCACCCGCCACAGAAAGGCUCACCACCAGAAGUCAGAGCAGCAAGAAGAAAGAUUCAGAUGCUGAGAAAUCGUUGAAACUAGGGAAGUUUCCUAAUCAAGUCUUUAUCUCAUCAAUUGCAAGUUCAUUUAUGUCUGAAAUUGCUAAGAAAUCCAUUCUGCCCCAAAGGAGCAUAGAUGUUGAUGAUUUUGAAACUAAGACCAAUCUAAUUCCUGUGUUGAAACAAUCUCACCUGCUCAAAUCUGUCACCAUACCUGGUUCAUAUGUGAGGAGAAUAAUACAGGAGUUUUAUUGUAAUUUGAAUGAGAGCUGCAACACAUUCUCCGACCCCUCCUUCCAUAAGGGACUUGAUGUUGCAGAUGAAGAAGAGCCUGCACCCCCACUGCUGCAGGUGGACAUGAGGCACUUUGAAGGAAGACAUCAAAAUGAUAUGGUGAAGGAUGAAAGUCAGAGGACCGCUACUGCUUUUCUUGGAUCAGACUUCUCUCAAACUGCAUUCCUUAGAACAGAGAUCCAACUGCUCCAGGAACAAAUUGAUAGACACAAAGCACUGAUCAAGGAAGCUAAAGUAAAGAAGAAGAAACUGGCCAUCAUACUCUCUUCUCUGGAUACAAACACAGGUUCAACUGCACAGCCUCAGGGGGAGAAGUCCCAGGAAGAUGCACCAGAAGAAGAUGAUGCCACUCAGGGGGGAGCAAAGUGAAGGGGAUGAGGCUCUUGCAGAUGAAGAUUCAGACUUUGAAGCUGAGCUACACAAGUUUGAUACUAUUGAUGUUUAAGUCUCGUUUUAAAUUUCGGAAAGACAUUCAUGUUUUUGAAGAAUUUGGUGGUGUUAUAGGGAUUGUUCUGUCCCUGAUUUUUGGUCUGGAUUCAGAAUGGUUGAUCACUGGUUUGUUUUUGCUGAACCCAAUUAUCCAACUCAGCUUUUGGUGUUUAU